AUGGAGCAGGAAAUCGGCAGCUGGGACUCCGUGCUGCUGGAGAACCUGUCCGAGGAGAGCUUCAUCAGCAAUCUGCACCAGCGCUACAAACGUGAUUUGAUAUAUACCUACAUCGGAACGUUCCUGGUGGCACUGAAUCCCUACAAAACGCUGCAGAUCUACAGUCCGGAACAGGUUCGAAAGUAUGCGACCAAAAGCCUCUUUCAGUUGCCACCGCACAUAUUCGCGCUGGCCAACUCCGCGCACCAGUUCCUGCUGAACUACAACGAAGACCAGUGCAUCAUAAUGGCGGGCGAGUGUGGUUCGGGCAAAACGGAAUCGUCGCACAUGAUAGUCCACUUCCUGACGCAGCUCUCGGAGAUGCGGCGCAGCCGGGCACCGAUCUUUUCGCUCCGCAGUUCCAAUCCAAGUUCGAGACAAUCGACACCGAAACACUCCACAAUCAAUCGCAUUGGAUCGUCGUUUGAAAGUGCGGCCCCAUCCGGUACGAUGGCCGGUGGGCGGCUUGACAGUAUUAUGAAGUACAACUCAUCGAGGCACCCGAAAUGUUCGCACGAAAAAACGGUCGAGUUCGAUCUGAUCUCGCAUCACAAGAGCUCGGAAAAUUUGCCGGCCAUGGCCAACUACGGAUUCAUGUCCGUCGCCAGUACGCCCAAGUGCCUGAAGCACUCGAACCAGUCCAUCAGCCGCUCGACCGAGGGGAGCGAGUUUCCGACAAAGUCAACGCUCAAAUCGGCGGCGGCCACCGCGGCGGCAUGCCCGAAGCACAACUGCACCAGCAGCCACGCGGACCUGAACCGCAUGUGCGCCCCUUCGCCGUCGCUCCAGAAGCGCAGUCUCAUGCGCUGUUGCCACCAGAACAGUAGCACCCGCUCGAUCCACAAGUCAUCCUCGUCGAUCGCACUGACGUACGAGCACGGGACCACGUCGCCGUCGACCUGCUCCCGGCGGCAGCUACUGAAAUCCAUCUCGAAGGAGGUCUACAUCCGUGAUUUGGAACUCCAGAAGAUGCGUGAGCGUGUGGCGCACGCCGAAAGUUUCCUCGAAGCGAUGGGAAACGCCGUGACGGGGAAGAACGCCAACUCGAGCCGCUUUGGGAAAUUUUUCGACAUCGAAUUCGAUUACAAGGGCGAUCCUGUCGGUGGUCAUCUGACGUUGUACAUGUUGGAAAAGUCCCGUGUAACAACGCGACCCUCUGGGGAACGGAAUUUUCACAUUUUCUACCAACUACUGUCCGGUGCCGACAUACAGUUGCUCAAAUCACUUAAGCUGCAGCGGAACAUUGACAAGUACGAACUGCUAAAGAACAGCUUCGCCAACGAAGACGAUCGUACGAAUUUCUGUUACUCAAAGCGAUCACUGGAAGUGUUGGGCUUUGCGCAGGAUGAAAUACUCUCCAUUUUCACCAUCCUGGCCGUGGUGCUGAAGCUUGGCAAUCUCACCUUCAUUCCGACCACCAACAUCGACGGCAGUGAAGGAUGCGAGAUUUCCAACGAGUACGAGCUCGACGAGAUCGCUCAGCUGUUGCAGCUGGACAAUCAGCUGCUGUUCAACUGCCUCACGCGACUCGGCGACAACUGGGACCAGCUGGAGCCGGACGGGACGGAAAUCGAUGCGUGCUACGCUUCGCGCAUCAAGUUCACCCUCUGCCGGACGCUCUACGGCCGUCUGUUUGCGUGGAUCGUGACGCGCGUGAACGACGCACUGAAGCUCAAGUCCAGCACCGGCGGCAGUCGAGGGAAAACGAUUGGUUUGCUAGAUUUCUACGGUUUCGAGGCGUUGGAAAAGAACUCAUUCGAACAGCUGGCCAUCAACUACUGCAACGAGCGGUUGCAACAGCAUUUUAUCAAAAACGUGCUGAAACAUCAGCAAGAUUUGUACGUCAACGAGGGACUGGAUUGGAUACGGAUCGACUACUUUGACAAUGGGCCGAUCUGCGAGUUGAUCGAUAAGCCGUGCUUCGGCAUACUGCAUCUGCUCGACGAGCCGCAGGUCAUCAACGAUGGGCUGCUGCUGACCAGGCUGCACCAGUGCUGUGCGGGUCACACACACUUUUUGGCCCGUGACGCGACGUUGCCUUCCAAUUGCUUCCAAGUGCGUCACUUCGAAGGGCCGGUCGUGUACACGACGAACGGGUUCACCGAGAAAAACAUGGACCUGCUGCCGAAGCACAUCAGCAGCUGCCUGUUUCAGAGCGAUCUCCUGAUCGCGUCCUGUUUGUUCCCCGAGGGUAACCCGAAGCGCCACGCCAACCGUAAACCACCAUCGAGCUUAAGCACCAACCUGCGGACCUCGUUGCAAACGUUGCUCAAGCUGCUCGAGCAGCGCUCGAACCAUUACAUUUUCUGCAUCAAACCGAACGAGCUGAAGCAACCGAAAAUGUUUGAGCUCGGCUUGGUGCAGCAUCAGGUUCGCUACCUUUGUUUGAUGCCUCUGAUCAACCUGUGGCGCAAUGGCCACUGCUUCAACAUGGUACACGCACGGUUCGUGCAACGUUACAAGCUACUGUGCCAGUACACCUGGCCCCACUUUACCGGCACGACGGUGGACGGUGUGGCGCUGAUCAUACGCAGUGUACCGCUGCCCGGGGCCGAGUUUACGAUCGGUCGCAAAAAGGUAUUCAUUCGCAGCCCCCGAACGGUGUACGAGCUGGACGAGUUCCGGAAGGUGCGCCUCAACGAGCUGGCGCUGCUGAUCCAGAAAACGUACCGCUGCUACACCAAACGGAAACAGUACCUUGCCCUGCGCCACAGUCAGCUGAUCAUCGCCGGCUACUGGCGUGUUUGGAGAGAACGCGAAAAGAUACGGAUAGUCGAGUUUCGAAAGCAGGCCCAGUGGGCCGUACAGGUGAUUGGUAGAUUUUUCGUCCUCCUCAAGACGCGCGAAUUUCUUUUAACCCUGCUGCUACGCUUACCGCACGACAACAUGAGCCCCAUCUGUCUCGAUUGGCCGUCGGCACCAACGUUUCUGACCGAAACGUCGCAGCUGCUGCGUACCAUCUUUCACCGCUGGCGGUGCUACAAGUACCGGAAAUCGUUCGACCAGCCGGCGCGCAAUCGGAUGCGGGAGAAAGUGACGGCCAGCAUCAUUUUCAAGGAUCGCAAAAUCUCGUACCCGCGCAGUGUCGCCCAUCCGUUCCACGGUGACUACAUUCGGUUGCGGCAGAACAUCCAGUGGAAGCGGGUGAGCUGCGAGCACAACGAUCAGUACGUGGUGUUUGCCGAUAUCAUCAACAAGAUCGCGCGCUCCAGUGGCAAGUUCAUCCCCAUUCUGUUGGUGAUCUCCACCAACUCGAUGCUGCUGCUGGAUCAGAAGACGAUGCAAAUCAAGUACCGCAUUCCGGCGUCGGAAAUCUACCGGAUGUCGCUCAGUCCGUACUUUGACGACAUUGCCGUCAUACACAUCCGUGCGGAUAACUAUUGCUCGUCCAAUAUGUCCGAUCGCUCGGAAUCACCCACCGGAUGUUUGUUCCAGUCGGAAAUCGGUAAAAAGAAGGGCGACUUUGUGCUGCAAACGGCCCACUCGAUCGAAAUCGUCACCAAGCUGUUUCUGGUCAUCCAGAAUGCUACUGCCAAAUCGCCCGAAGUAACGCUCAGCACAGACUUCGAAGCGAACUUUGGUGGCCAAACCGUCAUCUUUACCUUCAAGUGUGGCGGCCUGGUGGACAAUCCGUACAAUCAGACGCGCGUCUCGCGCAAGGGCAAUCGGAUGGAGGUGAUCGUGUAA